CUCGAACCUCAACCGAGGCGGGGUAAGCCCUUUCAUUUUUAGCGUUUCGUGUAUACUGCUAUAGCGUGAAUGCCUUUACUGACAUGUCAUCGCAAGUUCCUCGGCAAGAACUUUUGGAGGCAGGACGGAAAAAGCUCAAAGACUACCAACAGAAGCGGAGGAGCAUGAAUACGCCACUGACGCAAACCCAAAGCAUAACAUUGCCAAACAAACGAAUGUCAGCAUCAUCUCUACGAUGGCGAAAUGAUAAAGCUUUGGACUUUCCAUCUACUAUUACUAAUGCGUCGUCUCCAACGGAAUCAACAAUCGCCACUUCACCCACCUCUUUCAACGAAGAAGCAUAUCCUUUACCGCCACCUAGUAUUAUGGCACGACCUGCUCAUCAUCCAACGCCAACGCCUACGGUCUCUACGCCUCCGCCUUCUUCCUCAAAACGAAACACAAAUAGCAGCGGCGAUGGCGGUGGUGGUGGCAAAAUUAGUCGUAGCAAUAAUAGCGGUAGAUCACGAGGCCACGAACGAUCACAAAGCACUCUGCUCCCGCCAAAUUAUGCAUCAGAAUUUCCAAGUACCUGGGCCUACGCAAACUCAUCACAUAUACCAUUGAAGACCACCUCGAAUAUGGAUGAAGCGUUGAUUUGGAUCCAGCAAAACAAUCGUCUGGUACAGGAAAAUCAUCGAUUAAAGCAAGAGUUGGAUCAAGUAAGGCGGGAAAAGGAUCGGUUGAAUGAAAAAUUACGGUAUACAGAGAGAAAGCUCCAGCAACAGGAAUCACUGUUAUUACUGCAAGAUACUAGGCAUCAUCAUCAUCAUCAUGAAAAACAACAACAACAUCAAGCAAUACUUCCUCCACGCAAAGCAUUAGAAGAAGAGCGGUGACGAUGACUUUUGUAUGUACCGUCAUUUACUCUAGUAGAAUAACUCCGGCUGGCCCGUGAAAAGAAGGAUCCUGUGCUCCAACAGUAUACAAGCAACCUUCUUCUGCUUGUUUCCCCCCCUCACUAUGUAUUAUAUCCAAUUGUUUUCUGUUUGUGGAUAGUGUAGUAUGCCAUUAAAGUAUGCACGCUUCUGUAGUACUAUGCACCCUCAACAACAAAAAAGCUUAAAUUGAAUUUGUGUUACUCCCUUUUGUUAUCGUGCGGUGUCAUCCAUUGGCAUACAAAGCACGCACAACAAAAUGUAUGAUAUGUAUAACCUGUGGGCUUGUAAUAUGUAUGUUAUGAGAAAAAGG